AUGUCGCCCAUUGCCCCCCGCCGCCGCCUCAGCGCCCAGUCCACCCGCACCCCCACCCACAUCCAAGACGCAUUCAUCGGCGUCGGCCUCCGUCUCGGGCCCCAGCCACCCUACGACCCGGCCACGCAGCAGGACCCCGGCAGGGACCUCGAGCACUCGGCGGUGAUACACGAUGGCACGGGGGUGAUUGAUAGUGAGACGUUUCAUACAGUGUUUUAUACGGAGGGGAAGGAUGAGGCGGGGUUGGCGGAGGAGACGAAGAGGACGAUGAGGGAGAUGUUGGGGGUGUUGAGGGCGGUGCAGACGCAGAGGAAGAUUAAUAUCCGGAUGAUCGCCCUCGCGGAGCCCGUGCCCUCGGAACUCCGAUCCCAAAAAGGUGUCGAAUUCUACCCCACGCUCUGGCUCCACCUCGACGCCAUCCCUCUCCUGUCCAACCCGUCCACGUCCAUAUUCACAAAGCUGCCGGCGCCGAGUACCGUCGCGAGUGCUACUGCUGCUAUCAGUGCUGGCGCGACGCACUCUGCCACUACUGCCGGCGUGGACCCAACCGACCACCAUGUCCAAGUGGACGCCGACGGCCAGAUCAAACUCUGCUCGAUCGUCCAAUAUCAACAAUCCUCUUCCGAGCCCCUCUGGAAACGUUUCCUCUCCCUCUCCUCCCACCUCACCACCCACAACACCUCCAUCGCCUUCUUCUCCGCCACCCCCCAAGGCGGCGGCGUAGCCCUCAUGCGCCACGCACUCAUCCGUCUCUGGCGCAUGGUAGGCCUCGACGUCAAGUGGUUUGUCCCCGAAGGCCACCCGACUGUAUUUGACAUUACCAAGACCAAGUUUCAUAAUGUCUUGCAGGGGGUAAGCCCCGAGGGGGUGGAGAUUAAUGGAGAGGACAAAAAGUGGUUUGAGCUUUGGACCGAGCAGAAUUACGAGUCAUUCUGGUCGAGCGGUGCCCUGGACGCAAGCGUCAUCGUCAUCGACGACCCCCAACUCACCGCCCUCAUUCCAAUCAUCCGCAAAUACCGACCGGAUGCCAAAAUCAUAUUCCGCUCCCACAUCCAGAUCCAAUCCGACCUCACCGACGACCCGUCCACCGUCCAAGCUAGGACAUGGGACUAUAUCUACAGCUUUGUGAAAGACGUCGACUUGUUCCUCGCCCACCCGGUGAGAUUCUUCGUACCCAAAAACGUACUCUCCAACCUCCCCGUCCUCUACAUGGCACCCUCCACCGACCCCCUCGACGGGCUCAACAAACCCUUCGGCCGCGCUUCUGUCCGAUACUACCGCCAAUACUUUAACAGCCUCAGCGAAGCCCAGUGCGGGGUCAAGAUCGAUUGGGAUAGGGGAUAUAUCUGUCAGAUCGCGCGAUUCGAUCCUUCCAAAGGGAUUGACAUUCUACUCCAAGCCUACCUCGAAUUCCGCCAAAAACUCGACCGAUCCCCCAACCCACCCCUCGACGGCGGGCCCCAACUCAUCAUCAUGGGCCACGGCUCCAUCGACGAUCCGGAUGGGACGUGGAUAUACGAAAAGCUGCAUGAUACGCUCAAUACCCCAGCGUAUGAGCUUGUGCAUGGGGAUGUUGCUAUCGUUCGUGCACCGCCUAGCGAUGCGUUGCUGGGAUGUAUUCUGCAGGGUGCGUGGGUCGCUACUCAGCUCUCCACCCGUGAAGGUUUCGAAGUCAAAGUCACCGAAGCAAUCAACAAAGGCGUCCCAAUCAUCGCCUCGGACGCAGGCGGUAUUCCCCUCCAAGUCAAACCCAACAAGAACGGCUGGAUCGUACCCUCUGGCUCAUCCGCCCCCGUCGCAGACACCUUGUUCAAGAUCUACACCGGCGAGCUCCGCGUCCACCGCGACAUCUCCGCCUCCUCCCCUUCCCCUUCCUCCAACGAAAACGGCAAGGGCGGAAACAGAGGACAAGACGGCAAGUCGAACCCAAACAGUAUCGCCCAAGCCUGGGUCGGCAAUUUCGACCAAGCGGCCAGAAAGGUGCAUGAUGAUGAUGGGGCGACGAGUGAAGAUUUCUGGACGGUGGGCAAUGCGGUGAGGUGGAUGUUGCUCUUUGACCGCUUGCUCGGCUUGCCCUUGCCUAAGCCUAAGCCUGAAGAAGGGGAGGCAGAGGGGAGGGAGGUGUUGGAGAAGAUGGGCGUUGGGAAGGGGUUGGUGAAGAAGGGCGAGGAGGGUGGGAAUGUUUGGAAGAUGGUUAUGGGGGAUGAUAUGGUGGAGGGAGAGGGGGAGCUUAUCUAG